GGCAGAGGGCUACAAGGAGCACUCCAGACCCGGCUGUGGCCCCUGUGGCAGGACAAGGAGGCACCGAAGACCAAGGGCAUUUCCCCCAUCUUUAAGAAACUCUUCUUGUUGACUUUCCAGCCCGGAGAAUGUCGCACACAAUGGUAAAACAUGAGCACGCCGACACGAUGGGGAUUGGCAAGGCCAUCGCCGUGUUGACAUCUGGAGGAGAUGCCCAGGGUAUGAAUGCUGCUGUCCGGGCAGUGGUCAGAGUGGGAAUAUACACCGGGGCCAAAGUGUACUUUGUUCAUGAGGGCUACCAAGGGCUUGUGGACGGUGGUGACAAUAUUAAGGAAGCAACAUGGGAAAGUGUGUCCAUGAUGCUGCAACUGGGUGGCACUGUCAUCGGGAGUGCCAGGUGUAUGGACUUCCGUGCGCGCGAAGGACGCCUGAAGGCUGCUCGCAACCUGGUGAAGAGAGGAAUCACAAACUUGUGCGUGAUCGGGGGAGACGGCAGCUUGACUGGAGCAGAUACCUUCCGAGCGGAGUGGACCAGUUUGCUGCAGGAGCUGGUUAAGACAGGUGGCAUCACGGCAGAAGAAGCCAGCAAGUCUAGUUACCUAAACAUUGUUGGCAUGGUUGGAUCUAUUGAUAACGACUUUUGUGGCACUGACAUGACCAUUGGCACAGACUCCGCUCUCCACAGGAUAAUGGAAAUAGUGGAUGCUAUCACCACCACUGCUCAGAGUCACCAGAGGACAUUUGUGCUGGAGGUCAUGGGUCGUCACUGUGGUUACCUAGCCCUUGUAACAGCCUUGGCAAGUGGUGCAGACUGGGUUUUCAUUCCAGAAUCUCCACCAGAGGAUGACUGGGAGGAUCACUUGUGCAGGAGGCUAACUGAGACAAGAACCCGAGGCUCAAGGCUGAACAUCAUUAUUGUGGCUGAAGGAGCUAUUGACAAGCACGGCAAGCCGAUCACCUCAGAAGACAUUAAAAGUCUGGUUGUGAAACGCCUGGGCUAUGACACAAGAGUCACCAUCCUUGGACAUGUGCAGCGUGGUGGGACCCCCUCUGCCUUUGAUCGCAUCCUGGGAAGCAGGAUGGGUGUGGAAGCUGUCAUGGCGCUACUGGAGGGAACUCCUGAUACUCCAGCAUGUGUUGUCAGCCUCUCUGGUAACCAAGCUGUCCGUCUUCCUCUCAUGGAGUGCGUCCAAGUAACUAAAGAUGUCACAACAGCAAUGAAUGAGGGACGGUUUGAUGAAGCUCUUAAACUUAGGGGAAGGAGUUUCCAAAACAACUGGAAUGUUUACAAGAUUUUGGCCCAUGUUCGCCCACCCUCUGCAAAGAGCGGCUACAACCUGGCAGUGAUGAACGUAGGUGCACCAGCAGCUGGCAUGAAUGCAGCCGUGAGGUCUACCGUUAGAAUUGGAUUGAUCCACGGCCAUAGGAUGCUAGCUGUGCACGACGGGUUUGAAGGCCUAGCCGAAGGAAAGAUUGAAGAAAUUGGAUGGGGAGGAGUCGGCGGCUGGACUGGGAGAGGUGGAUCGAGUCUUGGAACCAAAAGGACUCUACCUAAGAAGUACUUUGAGCAAAUCAGCAACAACAUCGCCAGUUUUAACAUCCAUGGGCUGAUCAUAAUUGGUGGCUUUGAGGCUUUCACCGGCAGCCUGGAGUUGAUUGAAGGCCGAGCCAAGUUUGAAGAGCUCUGUAUCCCGCUCUGUGUUAUUCCUGCCACCGUCUCCAACAACGUUCCUGGCUCUGACUUCAGCAUUGGUGCAGACACAGCCCUCAACACCAUCACAUCAACUUGUGACCGUAUCAAACAGUCUGCAGCUGGCACCAAGAGGAGGGUGUUCAUCAUUGAGACCAUGGGAGGAUAUUGCGGCUACCUGGCUACCAUGGCGGGACUGGCUGCUGGAGCAGAUGCAGCCUAUAUUUAUGAGGAUCCUUUCACCAUCCAUGACUUGGAAAUGAAUGUGGAACAUCUGACUGAGAAAAUGAAGACCACAGUGAAGAGAGGUCUCAUAUUGAGGAAUGAAAAGUGCAAUGAGCACUAUAACACCGAGUUCAUAUACAACUUGUAUUCUGAGGAAGGGAAAGGCGUCUUUGACACCAGGAAGAACGUCUUGGGACACAUGCAGCAGGGCGGCUCACCAACUCCGUUUGACAGAAACUUUGGAACGAAAAUGGGUGCUAAAGCAGUGGCGUGGAUGUCCGGCAAGAUUAAAGAGUGUUCCAGGCAUGGUCGCAUCUUUGCCAACAGCCCUGAUUCAGCUUGCCUCCUGGGCAUGCGCAGACGGGCCCUUGUAUUCCAGCCCCUCUCCGAACUCAAAGAGCAGACCGAUUUUGAGCACCGCAUCCCCAGAACACAGUGGUGGCUGAAGCUUCGUCCCAUCUUGAAGAUUCUUGCCAAGUACAAGAUUGAGUUGGAUACCUCUGAGACAGCUCAAAUAGAACAUAUCACUCGCAAGAGAGUAUCCGGAGAAGGCGCCCUGUGAACAGCUAGCAGCUCUCCCUUUUAGUUCUGACACUUAAGGAGACCUCUAAAGCAAAGUAUUUAUUUUUUUCAGUCCCCUUCCCCAGUUUAGCAUGCAGCUGUCUCAUCUAGUGUUUUGUGUAAUGACUGGGACUGCAUGCCUGCCAUAAAUGGAGGAGGCAACACCAAAUGUCAUCUAGUGCCAUGUCAUCUAGUGCCAUAUCUGCAGUAUGUGAAUGAAUGAGUUAAAGGGAAAUGUAUGUUAUUAUAUUCUACUCUUCCUUUUAGAAAGCUCAAGACCGCUGACAUGGGGCUCCUGGUGGUCUUCUAUUCAGGCACCAGGUCUACUUUUUCUUCUGCUUUACUGGUGCUUAUAAGGUUAGGUGGCCCUCUGUCUGAGGGUGGAGUGGGGAUUUCAAA